AUGUAUUAUUCAUUAGCUGGCAUAAUUUUUAUGUUAUUGGGACUCUACUUUGCACUAGUCGUAACUUUAGCGACAAGAGUAUUUUGAGUUUGGGUCGCGAUGGACUUAAGCACUAUUUUUUUAGUCCCAUUCUUUUGUUGUGGGAUAUCUUUAACUGGGUUGUACAAAUGAUAUAAAGGUUCUGCUACAUAUUUUGUGGUUCAGUUUAUGGGCAGCGCAAGAAUUCUUUAUUCUGGUCUUAUGCUGUGAGAGUUUUCCUUUGAAGCUAUGGGGCUAACAUUUCUAAUAACGGGAUUUAUUUUGAAGUUAGGUCUUUUCCCACUCCACUUUUGGGUCCCUCGGGCAUUUAUAAAUUUUCACUAUCCCGGAAUUUACUUAAGUGGAGUAGCACAAAAAGUUCUACUUAUUCCAGCUAUUCCCUUCCUUGGAACUGUUAGUUACUUAAAUGACUUAUUAAGCUUAAGAGCAAUUGCUAGAGUUUUGUACGGGCCAGUAGCAAUGUUUAAUUGCACCAAUAUCAAAACCUUCUUAGCCUACUCCUCUGUCAACAAUACUGGUUUAUUAGUAAUUUGUAUGGGUAUGAGUAAAGACUUGUUUGUGUUUUAUGCUAUUUGUUAUUCAGUGAGAAUAUUAUUUUUAGUAUUGAUUUUAAGGGUUUGUAUAUCAGAUACUAUUUUACAAAUGGGGCGCACCUUACCGGACAUCUAUCUCCCAGGUUUUAUGGCUAUAAGGUUAAGUUUUGCUGGGUUUCCUCCUCUUACUGACUUUUGUGCUAAGUUUGUGGUGGUGUCUAGUUUUGUUGAGAGCAACAUGUGAUUUUAUGUCGCAGUAAUUUUAAUUAGAAGGGUAGUAAACUUGUUAGCUUGGGUUUGAGUUCAUGUUGUAGUUAUUGGAAUAAUGCGUCAUGUGGAUGAUAGAGAGCCAUCCGUUGAAGACCUCCUUGUCAACUUAGGAAGUUUUUUAUGAAAUGUUGGUGGAGGAGGUGUUUUUAUAAUGUUUUACUAG